GGCAUGUGCCCUGACGGGGAAUCGAACUGGAGACCUCUUGGUCCAUGGGACGACACUCAAGCACUGAGCCACACUGUCUGGGCUACAGUGUAGUUCUUAAUGGCCAUGCAGUAUUCAACCAUAUAGCCUAAUUACUCAUCCAGUCCAUUAUUAGCAACUUGGUUCUGAUGUUUAAAAUAUUUUAAAACUUUAAGUGAACAUCCAAAACACUUAAAUAUUAUAGGAUACUUUCAGCCCCCAAAGUCUGUUUAUUUGAAAUGUUUGAUGCCUGCCCCCUAUCAGACAUGUGCUUGGUAUCAGGAUUUUCAGUUACUGUGAGGAGGAGUCUCCUUCCAUUUGGCUUUCCAGGGCUGUGGGGAACACAGAUAGCAACCUGGAGGUGGGCAGGUACAGGUGGGACAAGAAUUAGGAAAGCAAGAUGUGACAGGAUCCUUGAUGAGCACAUAGUAGGGAAUCGCUGCAUCAAAGGGGUGUAUGCCCAGAAUUACUUCUCUCUCUCCCAAUCACCUUCCUCAGGGUUGCAGCGACUGUGCUGCUCCCCACGCCCAGCAGUGUCGUCGUUCUGAGCGGGGUGAGUCCUUUCUCUCUGCUGAGCAUGUGCCUGGAUAUUCGCCUUGGAUCUGACCUGUGGCAGGUCUGUAGACACUUCACUUUCUUCUGUCAUCUUGUCCCCAGAAGGUCCCCUGAGGAAGCAGUUAUUCUUGUCAGCACAGCUUUCCUGGGAUGAGGAGGAGGAUGGUGAGGGCAUUUGUGUCUGGGGCUUGUGGUAUUGAUUUAGAAGAGAUACUUAGGCCUCUUCGGGGAGUUCCUUGGGCAUCUUAACACUGUGCUAUUGACUCACUAUAUUUAAUAUUUUAUUGUCUUGAACACCGAGAAAGGAUCCCUGCCCAGGGUUUCAAGUCUCAGAUAAAGCAAAACAAGAACAGUGGGAAGGGCCCGGGCGGCACCAGGACGCGGGCAGGAAGACUGGCCUGCAAGGACGAUUUAUGUCUUCAUCGGACUUCGGCUGCUUGCAUGCACUGUGGGAAGACAGAGGAGGCCUUGGGGAGAACUUUUCCUUUUUUCUGUUUCUUUUUAAGCAGAAGUAGAAGAGGUGCCACACCGGAGGAGAUAAACCAGCACUGGGACUGGCUGGAGCAGAACCUCCUGCACACCCUGUCCGUCUUCGACAGCGCAGAGGACGUCGUCAGCUUUGUCAAAGGGAAGGUGAAGGCUCUGAUUGCAGAGGAGACGAGCAGCCGGCUUGCCGAGCAGGAGGAGGAGCCAGAGAAGUUCCGAGAGGCCUUGGUCAAGUUUGAGGCCAGGUUCAACUUCCCAGAGGCAGAGAAGCUGGUCACCUACUACUCGUGCUGCUGCUGGAAGGGCAGGGUUCCCCGGCAGGGCUGGCUGUACCUCAGCAUCAACCACCUCUGCUUCUACUCCUUCUUCCUAGGCAAGGAGCUUAAACUUGUAGUCCCUUGGGUUGAUAUCCAGAAGUUAGAAAAAACAUCCAAUGUCUUUCUGACGGCUACUAUCCGAAUCACUACACAUAGUAAGGUGCGGGACUUCUCCAUGUUCCUGAACCUUGAGGAGGUGUUUAAAGUCAUGGAGCAGCUGGCGGACGUGACCCUGCGAAGGCUGCUGGAUAACGAGGGCUUCGACCUGGACCCGGACCUGCAGGCACCAAGCCAGAUCACCAAGAGGGACCUGGAAGCCAGAGCGCAGAACGAAUUCUUCCGGGCGUUCUUCAGGGUGCCGAGGCGGGAGAAGCUGCACACUGUCGUGGACUGUUCCCUGUGGACGCCGUUCAGUCGCUGUCACACCGCCGGGAGGAUGUUCACCUCGGACAGUUACAUCUGCUUUGCCAGCAAGGAAGACGGCUGCUGCAGCGUCAUCCUGCCCCUCAGAGAGGUGGUGAGCAUCGAGAAGAUGGAAGACACGAGCCUGCUGCCCAACCCCAUCAUCAUCAGCAUCCGGAGCAAGAUGGCCUUCCAGUUUAUUGAGCUCAAGGACAGAGACGCCCUGGUGGAGUGUCUGCGUGUCAGGCUGCAGCAGGUGCACGCCGACCGCCCUGCGCGUUACCACAGCUCGUGUGAAGAGGACGUGAUGGCUCAUGUGUUCCCUUCAGCAAGCGUGUGCGGUGACCACAAGUUUGAGGAUCUUGCAAUGGUGUCUUCUCAGGACAGCGAGGACGGUGAGGAAGGGAAGAGCCCCCUGCUGCGCCUGGAGGCGCGGAGAGCUGUCUUGCAGCCGUCCAGCAGCCAGAGCCCUGACCUGCGAACGUCCAGAGAGCAGAUCAAAACCAGCCUGUGGAAUGACCACUUUGCGGAGUAUGGCAGGACUGUGUGUAUGUUCCGCACAGAGAAGAUCCGGAAGCUGGUGGCCAUGGGGAUCCCCGAGUCUUUACGUGGCCGACUCUGGCUGCUGUUCUCAGAUGCUGUCACCGAUCUCGCCUCGCAUCCCGGGUACUAUGGCGAGCUGGUGGAGGAGUCCAUGGGAAGGUGCUGCCUGGUGACAGAGGAGAUAGAACGGGACCUGCACCGUUCCUUACCAGAGCACCCCGCCUUCCAAAACGAAACGGGAAUUGCUGCUUUGAGGAGAGUCCUGACAGCCUAUGCCCACCGGAACCCCAAAAUUGGGUACUGCCAGUCCAUGAACAUCCUGACGUCGGUCCUGCUGCUGUACGCCAAGGAGGAGGAAGCCUUCUGGCUGCUGGUUGCCGUGUGUGAGCGGAUGCUCCCUGACUACUUCAACCACCGAGUCAUUGGGGCCCAGGUGGACCAGUCCGUGUUUGAGGAGCUGGUCAGGGAGCACCUCCCCGAGCUGGCGGAGCACCUGCAGGACCCCGCGGCCCUGGCGUCCGUCUCUCUCUCCUGGUUCCUGACUCUGUUCCUCAGCAUCAUGCCCCUGGAGAGUGCAGUGCACGUCGUCGAUUGCUUCUUCUACGAUGGGAUCAAAGCCAUCUUCCAGCUGGGGCUCGCUGUGCUGGAGGCCAACACCCAGGACCUGUGCAGCAGCAAGGACGACGGCCAGGCCUUGAUGGUCCUCAGCAGGUUUCUAGAUCACAUUAAGAACGAGGACAGCCCCGGACCCCCAGGUGGCAGCCACCAUGCCUUUUUCUCCGACGACCAGGAGCCCUGCCCUGUGACAGACAUUGCUGACCUGAUCCGGGACGCCUAUGAGAGAUUCGGGGGCCAGUCUGUGGAGCGCAUCGAGCGCAUGCGCUGCAGGCACAGGAUUCGGGUCCUCCAGGGCCACGAAGAGACCACGAAGCAGAACGUGCUCCGUGUGGUCACCCCAGAAGUCUCAUUUCCCCUUGAGGACCUCGAGGAACUCUACGACUUAUUCAAGAGAGAGCACAUGCUGAGCUGCUACUGGGAACAGCCCUGGCCUGUGGCCUCUCGCCACGACCCCAGCAGGCCCUACGCUGAGCAGUACCGCAUAGAUGCCCGGCAGUUUGCACACCUGUUUCAGCUCGUCUCGCCGUGGACCUGUGGGGCCCACACACAGAUCCUCGCCGAAAGGGCAUUCAGGCUUCUGGAUGACAACAUGGACCAUCUCAUCGAAUUCAAAGCAUUUGUCAGCUGUCUCGAUGUUAUGUAUAAUGGAGAAAUGAAUGAGAAAAUUAAACUGUUGUAUAGGCUUCAUAUUCCUCCAGCACUCACUGAAAAUGACCAAGACAGCCAGUCACCAUUGAAGAAUACUCUGUUGUCGACGUCAAGACCCCUGGUGUUUGGGAAACCAAAUGGUGAUGCAGCUGAUUAUCAGAAACAGCUAAAGCAGAUGAUUAAAGAUUUAGCUAAAGAAAAAGAUAAAACUGAGAUGCCCCAAAUGAGCCAGAGAGAAUUUAUCCAGUUCUGUAAAACUUUGUACAGUAUGUUCCAUGAAGAUCCAGAAGAAAAUGAUCUGUAUCAAGCCAUUGCCACAGUCACCACCCUGCUGCUGCAGAUCGGAGAAGUGGGGCAGCGAAGCAGCAGCUCCGGAAGCUGCUCCCAGGACAGUGGGGAGGAGCUGCAGGCUUCAGCGCCUUCUCCUGAGCAGGACUCUGUCUUUGCGGACACCCACAUUGGGCCAGCUCCCCCAGAUGCCCAGGCAUUUCCUGAAGAGGCAGAAGGGGACUGGACAGUCUCCCUUGAACACAUUUUAGCUUCACUUCUGACUGAACAGUCAUUAGUAAACUUUUUUGAAAAGCCACUAGACAUUAAAUCCAAACUUGAAAAUGUCAAGAUCAAUCAGUACAGUCUCAAAACUUCUGAAAUGAGCAGCCAAUCACAGCCUGAACUCAAGCAAGACAGCAGUUUGCUGAAAAAACGAGUCAGCAACAGCAAAGCAAGAACCAACGUUUCAUGGGUUGUCAGCCCCUAAAGCCAGAUUUCAGUCUGAUUCAUUUUGAGCAUAUUCCACAAUCUGGGCCUACAGGUAAGCAACCAGAUAGCCCCAACUGUUAAGAAAUGAUGUAACCUUCAGCAUUUCUAUUCUUUUUUUUAUUGACUUUUUUUUUUUAAAAAAAGAGAGGGAGGCAGGAAGAGAAAGAUCAGUUGGUUGCAUCCCAUAAGCCCCUUGACCGGGGAUUGAACCCACAAGCUAGGCAUGUGACCUGACCUGGAAUCAAACCCAUGGCUUUUGGGUGCACAGGACGACGCUCCAACCAACUGAGCCAAUGGCCAGGGCCAUUUCUAAUUAUUCUUCCAGUUCCACUUUUAUCAGAUUUGCUGAAGUGGGCGCUUCUGCUGUGAUGAUUUCAUUCUCAGAACACAAGUCCAAUAUAUUAUGCUAACUCAGACAUAAAUGCCCAAGCUCUCAUUUUUCAUUUGGAUAAUGGGAGGUCCAGAAUCAAACUCACUUUCAAGAUAUUAAGAACCACUGUCUGUGCAAUUGAAUUUGGUUUUUUCUUUGCACAAAUUUUGUUUCAAUGCUGGUAAUUGAAACCAUUUUAAAUAUAUUUGGUUGUAUUCACCUGCCUUUACAAAAAUGUUAUGUACAAACCAUGCUUUCAAUGUUGGUAUCCAAGUUUUUUAAAAAAAUUUUUAUAUUGACUUUGGUCCUUGUUUAUACCUUAUGCUUAUUUGAGCGUCUAAGGUCUGGGUUGUGCCAGUGAACAGUUAUGCUGGAGAUGUCACCCCUGCUUAAGUCUUGUGUUCUCAGCCUAUAGUGCAGUACUGUGGGGUCUUCAACUCUACCGUCAAUGGGGCUUCUUCAGAAAUGACCUCUUACAGUGGUGUGAACAGUAAUGUAACAUAUCCCCACAACACUGUGCUUUCAGGCUAAAUUCAGAUUUUGGAUUGUGUAAGUUUCACCUCUGAGCUUUGGCUCCAUGUAAACUGGGACUUAAGAUAUC